AUGGUGGCUAUGAAGACCUGCUCUCUGCUGCUGGUGCUCCUGUUCCUGGCAGUCGGGCUGGGAGAAAAAGAAGAGGUUCAAUUCCGAUCCCAUGCUAAGGUUGGUGGCCCCCGACCUCGGGGCCCAAGGUAUGCAGAGGGGACUUUCAUCAGCGAUUAUAGCAUUGCCAUGGACAAGAUCCGCCAGCAAGACUUUGUCAACUGGCUGCUGGCUCAGAAGGGGAAGAAGAGUGACUGGAAACACAAUAUCACCCAGAGAGAGGCCCGGGCCUUGGAGCUGGCAGGCCAAUCUCAGAAGAAUGAGGAGACAGAGGCGCAGCGGAGUGCUUUGCCCAAGAACCCCAGUGAUGAAGAUGUGCUGAGGGACCUUCUGAUUCAAGAGCUGGUGGCCUGGAUGGUGGACCAAACAUCGCUCUGCCGACUCAGGUAG